AUGCGGCUUCGACCCACCAUCGGUCAGCUCCGGCUACAGCGAGAGGCCGGCAGCGUGAGCGCGAAAGGGGCGGAGGACCCUUUAGACCUGCCAGCACAGGUGCGCCUCUCUGUAGAGCCCGAGCUUCUACGCGCUGCGGUGUCCAUCGAGCGCGCCUUUGAUAAAGACGCCGUGCACUUCGAGAUCUCUUUUCCUCCGCAAUACCCGCACCGGGCACCUCAGGUGCUGCAGGUGUCCCCAGCCCAGCAAGUGGCAUCUUGGAGGUACGAGGCCCAAAGUGUGCAGCUGCCGCGGCUCCACGGCAGCAGCUGGAGUUCAGCCAUGGGCAUUGCUGACAUCAUUCGAGAUCUCCUUGAGCCGUUCCCAGGCCUUUCCGGCCGCUGCGACAAGGUCAGCAGUGGCUUCUUGCCAGUGCCAGUGCCACAUCCGGCCUCGGAGGAUGUGGAGAUGGAGAUGUCAUAG